AUGUUGUCCAAAGGAGUUGCUGGUUGCUUGGCCGCCGGUUUCCAGCUCCUUUACGACUUCCUUUUGUUGUGUUGGGUCUUCGAGUUUCGCGCCGGCCUCAAAUCCAGUGUACUUUUUCCAUCUGGUCUUAUUGGUGAUGAUGACGAAGGUUUGGAAAGAGUGAAGGAGUCGCGGAUGCAGUGCAAUUUUUGGUGGGUGUUCUCUCUCAAUCUUGCUCUGGCUGGAGAAUCGGCCCCGCACCAUCUUCGAAUCUCCGCUUCGUCGGAGAUGGAUCCUCACAACCGGCGGGUGAUCGACGAUUCCCUGGUCGCUGCCAAUUACCUCGCCUCCGAGAUGAGAGAGAGAGCAUCUCCGAAUCUUCUCUUUGUCGAUGAAGGACGCUCAAAAUCGCGGGGUAUCGCCGAUUCCCUGGCGUUUCGCAACUACCUCGGCUCCGAGAAAGAUAGAGAGAGAGAGAGAGAUGAGAUGGACUGGGUUUGGUGUGAUCAAUGGGCAGAUUUUACAGUAAUGGGAAAGUUUUGUAGAGACCCAGGUCUGCGAGGGCUCUUGAGAUUGAUUUGUCGGAAGAUUAUUGACGCUCGCAGGGACACUUUCUUGCGUCAGGGAGGGUUCUGGGUGGCCCGAGUUGUCGUGAGGAUCCAGCUCACAGUUCUCUGCCUGCGCCAUCACUGCUUUGUGGAUUCGGGUUUUGGUUUAAGGUGAUUGUUGUAGCUCUUUCAACUGGGUUUGUUUUCUGUUUAUGAUUCGUUGUUUGAUUCUCCCAAAACUUUUCUCCGCUUAAAGUUCUAAUCAAGUUGUUUCUCUCCCAUUCUCACCUGCGAGCAUCGGAAUCGGAGAGGAGAGGAAAUUCAAAAGAUGGCUCAAGCUUUUCCAAAAAAAAAGAGAGUUGAUCGGCGUGUAAGCAGCUGAACUCCUCUCCUAAAAAAACCCAAUGUUGGAGCAAGAUUGGAGUGAGGUCCACGUCAGCGGUGGUAAGGUCAACUCCAUAUUGGAAGAUGAAUGGAUGCACGACGGCGCGGAUUCAGUGAGGAAUGCCUCAACAGAGUAUAUCUUUCUCAUUUGAUUCAUGUUUUGGAGUGUGCUAAAUCAAAGGCACUUUAUCAAAAUAUGGUGAACUGCUAUAAAGUUCUUGGGUGUUAGAAAUUCAGAGCUUUGCUGGCUAUUUUGUUGUCCUCUUGCAUGAU